AUGGGUGAUAAUAAGUUAUCAGUCGCCGCCAAAUCGCCAUCCCCAUCCUCAAAAAUGUCGGAUGUGCAUCUCUCACAACCCCGAUCGCAAUCGCCAAUGCCGGCCAUCGCAGGCACAGGCGCAGACGCAAAUGUCAAAGUCCCCAAAACCCUACAAACCCGCCUCCCCAUAAAAACCUACCAUUGCACAUUCUGCAACCACCUCCUCCUUACCUCAACCCGCGAUCUCUCCGUCUUACCCCGCCGUCGCGAGCCGGCGCGUGAUCGGGCGUUGAUACUGCCGCUUCCAAAAACCGGAGUGGGAGAAGAGGAGGACGCGGACGAGGACGAGGAGUCCGAAGAUGAAAACGGGUGUGCAGCUACAGAAGAAGCUGUGGGCAACGACAGCAGCAAUACGCAACAAGGCACUGGUGACCCAACAGCAGAAAGUAAGGUGAAGAAGAGGACUAAACCGGGCUCAACACAAAAACAGCCGGAACAGCAGCAACAGCAUUACACCAUCCUCCUCUCCACAACGAUACCAGACCGCAAAUCAAUCAUCAUCCGACGCGAAGAUGGAUUUGAGAAGCGGCUAAUGCUGCGUUGUGGGCGGUGUCGGGUUGUGAUGGGGUAUGCGCUGGACGAAGUCCAUUUUCCAGAUCACAACGUCGGGGCUGGGGCUGGGGCUAGGGCUGCUGGGAAAGGUGGCGGAGAUGGGAAAACGGGGGAUGGAGAGAAUGAUGGAGAUGAUAAGGAGGAGAAAGCGCGGGAGAUAAGGAGAAAGAAGGCGGAGGAGGUUGUUUAUAUUUUACCCGGUGCGUUGGUGGAGACGGGAGAGAUGGGGAAAGGGGCCAUUAAGGUUGAAACGGAGGAGUGGGCAAACUGGGAGAAAGGGGCAAAGUAA